UAUUAUCUUUGUUUUCUUUCUCCUCAACGCUCUUUUCCUUUUUUGUGUGUGGGAUUUAUUCUGUUCAUCUUGUUACAAGCUGAUAUUCAUCAACCUAUCAACCUCAUUUGGAAAAAAAAAAAGUUUUGAGAGAAGAAGAAAAAGAAGAAAGAGAAAUUUCGUAAAUGGAGGAUGAUAUAUAUAGUAACCCACUAAGCGUUUUCUUGAUCCUUCAUCAUCUUUAAGAUUGAUCUUUCUUUAAAAGAACAAUGCCUGUGCCAGAUCCACGAGCGGGGCAGGCAUUCAUCUGUCUCAUUACCGUAUUUCUUUUCCUGUCGAUUGCUGUCGGAGGCGGUUGUCUCAUUGCAUACACAGUCCUUCCUUACCCUUCAAUCUGGCUCGCUUACAUCGGCAUUUUCUUUGUUUGUCUUCCUUGGUUCUUUUGGAUCUUAACAUUUUCAUACCGCAUUGUUUCACGCACUUUUGGAUUCAGGAUGGUCAUUGGAUCCGGUGGUAACAAUAACAGUGCCAAUGGAGAGGCCAAGCCACGCGAACUUGACCCCCCCGAGCAAUCGUUAGAGUCUCCUAAUGAUGAACCUGAGGCGAUGGCUCGUCCUCAAGGCCAUAUUCUAAUGUCAAUGGAAGGGAACCAAUCCAAGAAACGAAUGUCAACAUCCAGCGUCGGUUCACAUGAAAGUGAGAUGCCACUAGCCAUUUCUAUGGGCUCAUGAUGAUCAUAUAUAAUUUGAUAUAGAAUGAAAUCUUGACAUUGAUAGCAUCAGGACGGAGAUGCUAACCUGCAGCCUCUUGAAAACAUGGAUAUAUUUUUGCUGUCUUUACUUUGUAUCUUAUACAGAUAGAUUUGUAGAUUCAACAAAAGAAGAAGUUUUACACCUUUUACUACUACUACCAAAGUUUGUAGAUUCAACACUUUGAGGUUCUUUAACUUGACAUACA